AUGAGACACUCGAGCAGCCAUAUUGAUGUUUGCCACAUUGUGGAACAAAUGACCGUCUUUUGGGAGAGAAUUGACAUAAUUGACACAUCUCUUAAAAUCGAAUUCACUAAACAAUUAGUUGACACCCUUUGUGAAAUUGUCACUGUUUACACUCAAAAGAUUAUUUCGAAUCUUGAAAGUGAAGGAUUCACCGCGGAGAUCCAAAUAUUCAUUCCUUCCCAACUUUUGCAAAUGCUUUGUGCUGCUAUAAAUAAUUGCGAGCAAGUUCGUCGCAGUUUAAUGAUUCACGAAAAAUUGCAUCUAGAUGAUCUUGGCUUAGCUUAUGAAAGAGAAGGAAUAACCACGGGUUCUCCAAUGUGGAAAGCUGAAAUUGAAAGCCGCCUUGAGCAAUGUGACGCAAAAAUCUGCCAAGAAAUUGAUCGCAUAAUUGGCCUUUUGACUAGAAGACUCCUUCCACAAAUGAAGAAGCAUGUUUUCCACUUGGCGUGGAGUCCAGCUGCCCACCCAGUUGAAGAUUCGCUGAAACCUUUGACCGAUAUGUUGGAUAUUGAACUUUCCGCGGUUCAUAAGAAUUUGCUCCACAAAAAUUUCUUGAGAAUUAUGUCUUCGCAGGUGGCCACAGUUGUCAAUCUUCUUCGUGAGUGUGUUGACGAGAAUCCCGGGAUGGAACCGCCGUUCUAUCAUCGUUUGUUUGAAUCAUGGCACGUUCUUGUGGACUUUUUCCAUGCAGGAGGAAAAGGAUUGUCGAUGGAAGCUUUGGAAACAAAUCCGGAGCAUGUGAAACUUGUUAAAAUUCUUUCGAUGAAUCAAACGCCGACUGAACAACUUAUUGAGAAAUAUUACAAGGACUUGCUGAAACAACAGGCGCUUGCUGAUCACGAGUUCGGAAACGAGGUUAGCGAAUGCAAGUAUGGAAUUCUCAAUGUCCGUGCGUAUUAUAACGCUAAUGCACAGAACUUGGUGUUGGAUGUGAUCGGUGCCAAGCAGAUUAUCGCUCUUGACUCAAAUGGUCUCUCUGAUCCAUUUGUGGUGAUUGAAUUGAUCCCAAAGUUCCGCUACCCAAAUGUUCCAGUUGUAAAAACCAAGGUUGUUUCAAAGAGCCUUAACCCAAUAUUUGACGAGACAUUCGAAUUCCAAAUUCCUCCAAAUCCGCCACCGACUGCAAUGCUUCAUUUCACAGUUAUGGAUCAUGACUAUCUUCGCUCGAAUGACUUUGCAGGAGAAGCUUUCCUGGAGCUCGUUGAUGUUCCCGGAUUCGGAAUCACUGGAGGCAACACGCUGCGCCAAUUCAACUUAAUUCUCAUACAACCAGUCUCUAACACUAAAGACAUUCUCGAUGUUUUGAACAGCCGAAAAGAUGACAAGGAUGCCAUUGAAUUCCUUCGAUCGAUCAAUACCGCCUACUAA